GUUUCCUAUUUGACUGAUUAGCCGCAGAGUUUCUGCUGUUUUUGUAACUAGAAAUGUGAAAUUGACCAGAAAGAGGAGCGUUUUACUUCUUUUUGGUCAAAUAGAAAGUGUUUAGAAGAUUUAAUUUAAAACAGAGAGAGAGAGAGAAGCUGGUCUUUGAUUUCUAGAAGCUCGGGGAUGUUUAUUUGGUUGUUUUCAUCCCUCUGCGCGUUUUAUUUCCGAUAGUCUGAGCGAGGACGUGAAUCAAAAUGGACGAUGCAAGCCAACAGCCACAUUUUGGUAAUGGAGAGCAGCGAGGUCACCACCCCAGACCUUUUUUCUAUGUCCAGCCUCCUCAGCCAUAUUAUCUGUACCCUCAGUGGCAGCUCGGCAGCCCAUACAGCCACUUUGGGUUGCCUGCAGGUUUUAACCACAGCCGUCCCUGUAUGCCUCCUUACCCAUACAUGCCAUACCCUGGCUUUGUUUUACCGCAUGCUCCUUUAUAUCCAGUGGACUACAGGCGGAUGUUUGAGCCUCGUUUCCAACACGCCUCUGCCUGGGGCGACGCGCCUCGCCAGCAGCAUCAUCCUCAGCCUCACGGGCGUCGAGAAACGACCUGCUCGGGCGCCCAAACCGACCCCAGCGAUGCCAUAAGCAAGCUCAUCGAGUGCCUGGAUAAAAUUCGAGCCACAGAUCUGCAGAGCGCGGACAGAGAGCUCGACUCUGGCAUCGCUUCGCAGUCGGCAGGUUUGUCUCCAAGAGAAGAGAAGAAAAUGGAAGAGGAGGGUCGCUCUCUGUCAACACCUCGUGACUGUUUGGGGUCACCGGCUGCGACCUUCAUGGACUCCACUGCUGCAGUUUACGAUAGCGAGUCCAGCCAAGGGAUGUUGGAUGCACUGAGUCCACAGGAGCGCUGGACAGGACGACUGGAGGAGGAGCUGCCUCUGGACAGUUCCUCUCUCCAUGAGGAGUGUUCACUGAGCACACACUUUGUGUCACUUGAGAAAGAGGUCACAGAUAUCCAGACAAAUAUCUCAGUGUCCGACUCGAGUGUCCUCAAAUGUGAUGCCGAGGAACACCUGAAGGCCACACCAUCGCCUAAGCUGUCACUUCAAGAAGCAAACGGCAGUGAUAAAGUCUCAAAAUUAGGAGAUCUGGGAACAUCUGAUGAAGCUAAGCCUGAUGAAAGCUGCCAGAUCCUCAGACUGCCCUUUGAUAGUGUUCUGACUCCUGGAAGUGGGUGCCUGUCGUCUCCAUCUGCCUCGUACUACAACUACCUCAUGCAGACGACACAUGAGCGCAUGAGCGUGCUUAGUCCGUCUUUGGACGAGCUGUCCUCCAGAGACGAAAUGUUCUCCACGGACCUGGAUGACGCUGAUCUUUUUCCUAAGCAUGUGCACGCUGGUAAUAGGCUCGCUGACGUUGAUGCUGGAUCCCCUCAAGCAGCCGACGACGGCCCCCUCAAGCUGUGGCUGCCGUAUACAAAGAAGUUCGCCUGUUCUUGUUGUGGGAGAAGUCUGACGACGGGGACAAGCAGGAGUAGAGUCCACAGCCCUAAACUGUACAUGGACGAAGCCGGAGAGUCUGAAGAGGAGGGCAGAUAUGGACGAGGGUGUGAGCAGCCUGUCAGAGUGGUUGGGAGGAAGCAUUCUGCACCCAGGAGGACUCGGCCCGUCUCUCCGAGACAUGCAGCCAAGCCUUGGAGGAGAAGCCAGUACGUCCAGCUCUCAGAGCCGGUGAAACAAGAAGGUCAGGCAGAAGCUGCAGAAGCUGAGACUGAAGAGUUGGACAGCAGCGAGCUGCAGUGUAGGACGUGUCAGGACGGACUCUGCAGAGAAGAUGUGACCACAACAGACCGGGGCAGGUGGACUGAUGGAGAUGUAAUUCCAAGGAGGAGACGAGGAGUCCCUCAGCAACGACAAGAGAUGAGCACGCUGUGGAAACCGAUGUACCACAGGCCUCAAGAUGACCGUGACGAAGAGACACCACAUCACUGGGAAAGAGGCUGCACAGUGAAAGAACCGAGAUGCUAACGUUCCUCGCCAGACUUUUGAACACAACCUGUUGAACUGUCCCCCUUAAAGGUGUGAAUGUUGAGGGAUGAAGAUGUUUAAAGCACCAGGUGAAGCUCACCGCACAAGAAGCAUCACUUUGUAUAAAAGAAGAAAAAAAAUGUUGCAGUAACGCUGCCCUACACUAAAGAUUAUUACAGAUCACCAAAACCAUGGGCUUGAAGGUUGUUGCAGACGUUGUGCCACUGUUU